GAGACUCGCUCAACCAUCCAAAACUCUCAUUCCCUCCUAAUAUUCUCUUCUCCAUACUCUCUCCCUCUCACUCUCUCUAUCCAAUCUUUCUAGAGAGAUUUGACGGAGAAAGACAGAGUCGGACGAUAACAAAACAAAGAAGAAACAGAAGGAAAUAGGGAGGGACCAUUGUAUAGGGACAUAUAAUUGAAAGGCUGCAGUUGUAAAAAUACCAGAGAUCUGGUGCCGACACAAAGUUUUGCAGUUUUGUUUCUUCCCAAAAAUUUGAGUUUCCGAUCCUUGAAUUCAUCUCUGUAUUUUAUCAGUUUCCCCGGAAUUUGUUUGAUAUAUGUUCUGUUCUCCUCGGAAUUGUGAAUUGUGACUGAUUCAUAAUGGAAGGUGGUUGUCAACGGAGACUUACAUUAUUGGAUCACAUGUCCGCUGUUGAGAGUGGACGAGAUUCGCUGGCAGGGUUAACCCUCGACGCAGUCCUGUCUGAGAGGCGACGGGCCGCUGCGGCGCUUGCGCCCACGGCGAAUCAGAUCAACCGAACUCUCCUCGACAUCAUACGCGACGAGGACCCCAGUGGCGGCUCCCAGGGCCACAGGAAGAGCUGGAAAACCUUUAGGGACAAGCUCCGUCUCAAGCGCGCCGGAGCUGCUUGGACAUCCUCUGUUCAUAUCCCUGCCUCCGAUGUCCCUAUCCGGAAUAACAAUGAGCAGGCCAGAUCCCCAUUUGCGCGCCGGAAUUCGGUCCGUUACACUACUAUGUCGUCCAACUCACAUAAUUCCGUAGAGUCGUCUCAGGACAAUGCUCAUCAGGAUGAUUCGUCUAACCCGCCGAGUAACAGACCACAGAUGAGUCGCUUCGGCUCGACUCGAUUCGGCACGUCACCAGUUCCAACGGAUUCCAAUGAGUCAUCGGAGGAUGUGAACAUUAAUGUCGUCGGUGACGCUCCUCCAGCAAGAAGUUUCAGACCGCAAAUCUCUCGGCACAACUCGACUCGCUUACCGGCUUCCAACACAGAUUCAAAUCAGCCUGUAGAAAACGAAUACGGGCCGGCGAGUGAAGGCACGCGGCGGUUGGCAGAGGCAUUGGCGGAGGAGAGACAGUUGUCAGCAAGGGAAGCGGUUGCGGCGCAGGAGGCGUCGGAGGCAGCGGCCGCGGCAGCUGCGGAAGGAACAGAUUCAGAGGGCGAGGAGAAUAACGAUGCAGAGGAACAAUCAGGUGCGGGACAACCGGUGAGGAUGUCAUUGAUGGAUUUGUUGGAGGAGAACGAUAGGCAGUUGGGACUUGAGGGGUCCACGUACACCAUGGGAGACGAGGAAGAUGAAUUCGACGACGAUGACGAGUAUGAAGAGGAUGUAGAAGAGUGUGGUGGGGGUGGUGUAGAGUAUAAUUGCUGCGUGUGCAUGGUGAGGCAUAAAGGCGCGGCUUUUAUCCCCUGUGGGCACACCUUUUGUAGGCUUUGUUCAAGAGAGCUUUGGGUGGAGAGGGGUAACUGCCCCCUCUGCAAUGGUUUCAUCUUAGAAAUUCUCGACAUCUUCUGAAUUGUACUGAAUUUAUUUUUCAUUUGUUUUGAAAAUUUCUUGAAUCGUAAAUAAGAAAUUAUUAGGAAUGUUGAGGUGGAAAUGUUCCACAUACAUA